GCUGGAAGGUGGAGGGGGUCGUGGGCCUGCAGGGCCGUUGGACUUCGGUCCGAGCACCCGCCCCCGUCACGUGGCAGGUCUGCGUGGAAAGGACAGUUGCAGACGUUCCAAGUUCCACCCUGCUGCAUCAGCCCCCAGGACCUGAGCAGCGGCCUGGCCAUUGCCCACGUGCUGAACCAGAUAGACCCCACCUGGUUUAACGAAGCAUGGCUCCAGAGCAUCUCAGAGGAUCCAGGUCCCAACUGGAAGCUGAAGGUCAGCAAUCUGGAGAAGAUCUUACGGAGCCUGCUGGAGUACUCUCAGGAUGUUCUGGGGCAUCCAGUGUCAGAACAGCACCUCCCGGAUGUGAGCCUGCUUGGCCAGUUCUCAGACCCCUCUGAGCUGGGCAAGCUGCUACAGUUGGUGUUGGGCUGUGCAAUCAGUUGCGAGAAAAAGCAGGAGCACAUCCAGAGAAUCAUGACACUGGAGGAGUCAGUUCAGCAUGUAGUGAUGGAAGCUAUCCAGGAGCUCAUGACCAAAGACACCCCUGACUCCCUGUCACCAGAGACAUAUGGCAACUUUGACACACAGUCCCGCAGGUACUACUUCCUGAGCGAGGAGGCUGAGGAGGGGGAUGAGCUCCAGCAGCACUGUCUGGACCUAGAACGGCAGCUGGUGCUUCUGUCCGAGGAGAAACAGAGCCUGGUGCAGGAGAAUGCAGCACUACGGGAACGAGUGGGCCAGCCAGAGGCUGAGGGCACCUCAGGCCUCACAGCCAAGAAGCUACUGUUGCUCCAGUCCCAGCUAGAACAGCUGCAGGAGGAGAACUUCAGGCUGGAGAGCAGUCGGGAGGAUGAACGGCUCCGCUGCACAGAGCUGGAGCGUGAGGUCACCGAGCUGCAACAGCGGAACCAGGUGCUGACUAGCCUGGCCCAGGAGGCACAGGCACUGAAGGAUGAGAUAGAUGAGCUGCGGCAGUCCUCAGAGCGCGCAGGUCAGCUGGAAGCUACCCUGAACAGCUGCCGUCGCCGCCUAGGAGAGCUGCGGGAGCUGCGGCGACAGGUGCGGCAGCUGGAGGAGUGCAAUGCGGGCCAUGCGGAGCGCACGAGGCAGCUGGAGGACGAGUUGCGCAGGGCCGGCUCACUGCGUUCCCAGCUGGAGGCACAGCGGAGGCAGGUUCAGGAACUGCAGGGCCAGCGACAAGAGGAAGCCAUGAAGGCCGAGAAAUGGCUAUUUGAGUGCCGCAACCUGGAAGAAAAGUACAAGUUGGCAACAAAGGAGAAAGAGCGGCUGCUGGCUGAGCGGGACUCUCUGCGAGAGGCCAACGAGGAGCUGCGCUGUGCCCAGCUGCAGCCGCGUGGGUUGACUCAGGCUGACCCCUCGCUGGACCCCACCCCGCAAGGCCUGGAAAACUUAGCAGCAGAGAUCCUGCCUGCAGAGCUCAGGGAGACGCUCCUGCGGCUCCAGCUGGAGAACAAGCGGUUGUGCCAGCAGGAGGCGGCGGACCGUGAGCGGCAGGCGGAGCUGCAGCGCCACCUGGAGGAGGCUAACCGUGCGCGCCACGCACUGGAGACUCAGAGACGGCUGAACCAGCAGCAGCUGUCGGAGCUGCGGGCCCAGGUGGAGGACUUGCAGAAGGCCCUGCAUGAGCAGAGUGGCAAGAGCGAGGACGCCAUCCCCGCCCUACUGAAGAGGAAGCUGGAGGAACAUCUGCAAAAAUUGCAUGAGGCGGACCUGGAGCUGCAGCGGAAGCGAGAGUACAUUGAGGAGCUGGAGCCCCCCACAGAUAGCAACACGGCCCGGCGCAUUGAAGAGCUGCAAGACAGCCUGCAGAGGAAGGAUGCGGACCUUCGGGCCAUGGAGGAGCGGUACCGCCGCUAUAUCAACAAGGCGCGAACAGUCAUACAGACCCUGGAGCCCAAGCAGUGGCCGCCUACAGGGGUGCCCCCAGAACUCCACACCCUGAGGACAAAGCUCCAGGAGCAAGACGUCCGCAUCCGGCACCUGGAGAUGGAUUUUGAGACGAGCCGCAAUCAGCGGGAACAGGAGGAAAAACUGCUCAUCAGUGCUUGGUACAAUAUGGGCAUGGCCCUGCAGCAGCGAGCUGGUGAAGAGCGGGCCCCUGCACAUGCCCAGUCCUUCCUGGCACAGCAGCGGCUGGCCACCAAUGCUCGCCGUGGACCCCUGAGACGCCUGGCACCUCUGAGUCUUCACCCCACCGACAAGCACUGACCACCUCUGGACCUGCUGCCCUCUCUGCCUGCUGGAACUUUAUCUGCCUUUGAAUGGCACCCAGCAUCAGGCCGUGGCCAGCUGGGUGACAGGCUUGGAGCUAUGACCUCUGCCCUUUGCUCCCUCAGGUUGGGGGUCUAGGAAGGGCAGGUGGCAGGGGUGACCUUUUGGU